CAAACCCCCUGUUUUUCAAUUUACCUCUAUUCUCUCUCUCUCUCUCUCUCUCUCUCUCUCUCUGUCUUUCUUAGGGUUUCAGAGCGCGGUUUUGGUCUUUCGGAUCGGUGAUCGUACUGUGUCCGUCAAUUUCGUGAACUGAGAGAUAAUGGCGAUGGAAGUUACCCAGAUUCUUCUAAAUGCACAAUCGAUAGAUGGAACAGUGCGGAAGCAUGCAGAAGACAGUUUAAAACAGUUUCAGGAGCAAAACCUUCCCAGUUUUUUUAUCUCUCUGUCGGGGGAGCUAGCAAAUGAUGAUAAGCCUGUUGAGAGCCGUAAAUUAGCAGGUUUAAUACUUAAGAAUGCCUUGGAUGCCAAGGAACAAUCUAGAAAGUUUGAGCUUGUUCAGAGGUGGUUGUCACUGGAUGCUGCCGUGAAGGCUCAGAUCAAGACAUCCUUGUUACAGACCCUCUCUGCUCCUGUACCUGAUGCUCGAUCUACUGCAUCUCAAGUCAUUGCGAAGGUUGCAGGCAUUGAGUUGCCUCAGAAACAGUGGCCUGAGUUGAUAGGAUCGCUUUUGUCAAAUAUUCACCAGGUACCGGCUAAUGUUAAGCAAGCCACUUUGGAGACUCUUGGAUAUUUGUGUGAGGAAGUCUCUUCUAAUUGUGUGGAUCAGGAUCAAGUGAAUAAAAUACUUACGGCCGUAGUUCAGGGAAUGAAUGCAUCUGAAGGGAACAUUGAUGUUAGGCUCGCUGCUACUCGAGCACUGUACAAUGCUUUGGGCUUUGCUCAGGCAAAUUUUAGCAAUGAUAUGGAGCGUGAUUAUAUCAUGAGAGUUGUCUGUGAGGCAACUCUGUCCACGGAAGUGAAGAUACGACAGGCAGCUUUUGAGUGUCUGGUCUCCAUUUCAUCAACUUACUAUGAGAAAUUAGCUCCUUAUAUCCAGGACAUCUUUAACAUUACAGCAAAGGCCGUGAAGGAAGAUGAGGAGCCUGUUGCUCUUCAAGCCAUUGAGUUCUGGAGUUCAAUUUGUGAUGAGGAGAUAGAUAUCUUGGAAGAUUAUGGGGAUGAUUUCACUGGUGACUCUGCUAUUCCUUGUUUCUAUUUUAUCAAGCAGGCCCUCCCUGCCCUUGUCCCUAUGCUGUUGGAGACACUCCUUAAGCAAGAGGAGGAUCAGGAUCAGGAUGAAGGGGCUUGGAAUAUUGCGAUGGCUGGGGGCACUUGCCUUGGCUUGGUUGCGCGUACUGUGGGAGAUGAUAUUGUCCCACUUGUUAUUCCAUUUAUUGAAGAGAACAUAACAAAACCUGAUUGGAGGCAACGGGAAGCAGCUACAUAUGCUUUUGGUUCAAUUUUGGAGGGUCCUUCCCCUGACAAGUUAACAUCUAUUGUCAAUGUUGCUUUGACAUUCAUGCUUAGUGCUUUAACAACGGAUCCAAAUAACCAUGUGAAGGACACUACUGCAUGGACCCUGGGGCGAAUCUUUGAAUUUCUUCAUGGUUCAACCACAGAUACACCAAUAAUUACUCAAGCAAAUUGCCAACAGAUCAUUACUGUUCUGCUUCAGAGCAUGAAGGAUGUUCCAAAUGUUGCUGAGAAGGCCUGUGGCGCUCUCUAUUUUCUUGCACAGGGCUAUGAGGAGGGGGCCGCAUCAUCUCCUUUAACUCCUUUUUUCCAGGAAAUUGUUCAGGCCCUUCUCACUGCUACACACAGAGAAGACGCAGGGGAAUCUCGAUUAAGGACCUCUGCCUAUGAGACGUUGAAUGAAGUGGUGAGGUGUUCAACUGAUGAAACAGCUCCCAUGGUGUUGCAACUUGUUCCUGUCAUCAUGAUGGAGCUGCACAAGACUCUUGAGGGGCAAAAGCUUUCAUCUGAUGAGAGAGAGAAGCAGAGUGAAGUACAAGGCCUUCUUUGUGGGUGUCUACAGGUAAUUAUUCAGAAGCUAGGGUCAUCAGAGGCAACUAAGUAUGUCUUUAUGCAGUAUGCAGAUCAGGUAAUGGGUCUAUUCCUGAGGGUUUUUGCCUGUAGAAGUGCCACUGUGCAUGAGGAGGCGAUGCUUGCCAUUGGAGCCCUUGCCUAUGCAGCAGGCCCAGAUUUUACAAAAUACAUGCCAGAGUUUUACAAGUAUUUGGAGAUGGGUCUUCAAAAUUUUGAGGAGUACCAAGUGUGUGCUGUGACAGUUGGUGUUGUGGGGGAUAUAUGCAGGGCAUUGGAGGAUAAGAUUCUUCCCUACUGUGAUGGGAUUAUGACACAGCUCCUUAAGAACUUGUCAAGCAAUCAGUUGCACCGUUCUGUUAAGCCUCCCAUAUUCUCUUGUUUUGGUGAUAUAGCACUUGCUAUUGGAGAGAACUUUGAAAAAUACUUGAUGUAUGCAAUGCCCAUGCUCCAGGGUGCAGCAGAGUUGUCUGCUCACACAUCAGGUGCUGAUGAUGAUAUGAUGGACUACACAAAUUCUCUAAGAAACGGAAUCUUGGAGGCAUAUUCUGGGAUUUUCCAAGGCUUCAAGAACUCUACUAAAACCCAGCUCUUGUUUCCCUAUGCACCUCACAUCCUCCAGUUCUUGGACAGCAUAUAUAUGGAGAAAGACAUGGAUGAUUUGGUGAUGAAAACUGCUGUUGGAGUCCUUGGAGAUCUAGCAGAUACGCUUGGAAGUAAUGCAGGUUCUUUGAUACAGCAAUCUCUGUCAAGCAAAGAAUUUUUAAACGAAUGCUUGUCCUCAGAUGACCAUUUGAUUAAAGAAUCUGCUGAAUGGGCCAAAUUGGCCAUCAGUCGUGCCAUUUCUGUUUGAUGCUACCAUCACUUGGUACACUCUUUAAUUUUAGGAGUCCCUGCAUGCAUUUGGGUGUGUUGAGUCGGGGUCCGGGAUCGCAUACUUGUUGAGUCAUCACCAUUUUCAGACUACAGUGUUGUUGGUCUUCAAGUUGUCACUAACUCUUGCAUCAUCACCAAAACUUGUUGCUAACCAAUGCAUCAUCACCAAAACUUGUUGCUAACUAAUGCAUCAGCGCCAUUGGGUCGGGUUCUGGUUUGUCAGGAGAAAGUGGGUAGUGAUGGGUGGAGGCCUCCAUAGAAAAUCAGGAAAAAAAAAUUAUUAGGGAUGGCUUCACUGAAAUGGGUGGAGGCCUUCAUGGAAAAUCAGGAAAAAAAAGUUGUUAGGGCUCAUGGAGGGUGCGGUUGCGGAAUUGGAGUUAAGUGUGAGGAAAAUAGACAACUCUCAAGCUGCUUGAUCGUUGGCUUGUUUGAUGAGACCCUUUUAGAGUAGUCCUAUUCAAACCUGGUCGCAGUUUAAUCUCUCAGAUGGUUACAGGUGUUGAAAUGGACGAAUGCAGAGAGUUGUUUAUGGGGUCAUGACAUUUUCAACACCACCCAGAUGCUAUUUUCGAGAAUUUUCUCCUUCAGCAGGUUUUCAUUCCUGAUUUCUUCAUUCCUAAUUUCUCCUUCAUUAGCAGAUUCUCAUUCUUUUUGCUAAUUUGCGUCUGCAUCUGUUCAUCAUAUGUCGAUCAUGGUCGGGUUGUAUUUGAUCACUUUCAUAUUUUUUUCGUAUACUUGGUACGUGUGGCUGGCAUCCAGCACCCACGUACCACGGGGAGCAUUUCAUCCUGCAUUGCAUUCAUUCAUUUUUCAUUUUUGUCAGUCUUUAGUGGGCGUUUCUCAGGUCAAAUGUCCAAUACCAUGCAUUCAUGAAAUCAUUGGUUCGGCGUCGUUUCUCUGGUGGUUGUUUUUUUGUUUUUUUUUUUUGAAAGUAUAGUUGUUUAUUGUGCUUUGGAAUGUGUAAUCAUAAUUUUUAUUGAAAUGUCACGAAUUGUGAUGACAUUUAAAGGGCCGAGUAAGGAUUUGGAGUGUCACUUGUUUGGCGAGGCAGUGUAUUUGUGGUCUUGCCUCCGUUGUUAUCUUUCAAGUGAUAUUAUAGAAACGAUGAAUUUUUGUAA